UCCAACGUUCAUCAUCCCCUCAACCUCGCCACUCAUACCCGUCGAAAGCAUGCCCAAAGUGACCUCUACGAAGUCGGCUCGCGCCGCCAUUGCAGCUACCACGGCAGAGCGCUCGCGUCCCAUCAACAAGCGCGACAACACCCGCGCGAAGGCCAUCGCUGAACCUGCCCUCAAGGCGAGCAUUACGGAGAAGGGUACUGCUUCGAAGAAAACCACGCGCGCUGCGCUUCCUUACGAGAGGCCAGCCAAGGCCGAGCGCGCCUGUACGCCCGCCGUAAAGCGCGAGGGCUCUCGCCUCAAGGCCGAGCGCUCUUCUGCGAAUAUCGCGGGGAGCUCCUCACUGUCAGGAUUUGUCUCGUCUGACCCCCCGAUCGACUUCACGGCUAAAACCCCCAAAGUCCUCGAGCGCAAGUUCAUCGGCGACAAGAUCGUGAUGCUCCGCCUCCAACUCAUGCACGACAUGGACCAAAUUCGCCUCCAGUACCGAGACGGCACCCCGCUUCCGCGUCCUAACACGGCAGCGAUGGGAUUCGAGCUAUACGACCGUCUCAACCGAUGCCCGGUGGAUUGGAACGGCUAUGGGACUCCUCUAGUGUACCGCGCGCACCUCUACAAGCGAGGGUCGUACGUACUGCGCCACAAGGGGCGCGAUGUAUGGGAGUAUAGCACCGACGACUGGGCUGCGUAUUGGAAAGAACAAGAGGAACUCAGCAAGGUGAAUACCGACUUACGCGACUUGACGCGCGCGACACUUACCUCCAUCUUGCAGAUUCCCUAUGAUUACAAGAAGUGGGAUGAGAUCAUGAAGCACAUCGAAUACGGCUUUCGCAACCCUAUCGAGGCCGAAGUCAACGUACUCGUCCACGCUGGACCUAACCUCAUCGGCGUCGAGCCGCUCCCUUACGGACCCGAUCCCUCCGCCUACCUGCCGGAGCAUUUAUUCCCGCGGUGCGAUCUCGAAUCAACGCAUCAGCUCAGAGAAUACAAGCGCCGCACGGGCAAGGUUUAUCGGGCAUGACUAUCAGCGGAGGCCCCGUCGCGCGUAUUUAGAAUGUAUUGUAUAUCAUAUCAUACCCAAACUCGCAUUCCGCAUUGCAAGCUGUUUGAACCCUGUAGAUUACAUAUGCCAAGGACCAGGCUCGUAUAUGAGAGCUGUGCUCUGCUUUGAGGCCGAUUGCCAUUGUUUGGCCCCAAGCUUCUUGUACUCCAUUCGAUCAUCACCGAAGAGGGGCAAUGUGGACGGCCGCCUAUAAUUGUAGCAUAUAGUUGGGGCAUGGGCAUACUAGCAAUUCAUUGAGUGGC